AUGGCACAGGCUGUCUUCUGGACGGCAUUGAUGAUUGUGUUAUUCGUCGGCCUCACAGCAUGUGAUUUGCUUCGCACAGCAUGGUCCCAUGCAUAUCCGCUCUCCGAGCACAAUAGGGACAAGAGAGAGCGUCGGCGCAAGGCCCAGUCGCUGCAGCGGCUGCUGUGCAGGCCCAUGGGAGAUCCGAUAUCAGCUUACAAGACUGUCCACUGCCAAGGCCCGCAGCCGGAUGAAGAAGCAAAGGAAUCCAUUUUUAGCCGCCUCCCACCCGAAAUUCGGAGGCUCGUUUUAAUUUCAGCUUUUGGAGAACGCACGUUGCAUAUGGAUUUGGAUUUCCGCCCCCCGUUCAACUUGGUUGAGAGGAGGCCAUUCGAUGGAUGGGACAUGCAUGCAAAGAUUCAUCAAGAAAUCCUGACCCCGGACUCACAUUUGGAUACAAAGUCUCGAAAGAACAGGAAUUGGAGGUGGUUUGGCUGCGUGUGCCACCGGUUCGACAUCGACAAGACGCCAGCGUUGGCCUACGGCAGGAGGUGCAGCUACCGGUUUGCGCAUUUUGGGGAACCAGAUACGGAUCUAUGCCUUCGGGGAUCGGGCAAGUGUAAUACCUGGCCGGGGGAGUGGCCAGCCAAGUGUCAAAUUGGCGUCAUGGGGUGGAUGUUGUCUUGCAAGCGAGCAUAUUUCGAGGCCAUGGAUGUUUUGUAUGGCACCAACACUAUUCAUAUUGCGUCGCCGGUUCUGAUGAAGAGCAUGUCCGAUCUAUUUCCGAACCAUAUAUUGGCAAAUAUCCGAUCUCUGGAGCUGGUCUGGCAGCCGAAAGAUCUUUCUCUAGUAGAAGGCUUUUGCUCCAAGCUGGACUAUUCCAAAUAUCAGCACCCAGUUUUCCCUUCUCUUGCGUACCUGCGGAUCGCGUUUGCCCGAAUGGUCAUCCACGAGGUAGACCACGCCACCAACAUGAUUUGGCCAUAUGAUAACAAACGAUUACUGUCUGAAAGACUUCACAAUUUCUUUCUGCCGCAAAUGGAUGCGUUAAUAAGCCGAGUCGCGCCGUCGACCGCGGAAGUGACGGUAUCUUGUGCAAAGUGGGACUGGUACGAAGUGAUAGACGUCGCUCUGUUGGAAAGCCAGGGUAGGGAAGCGACGAGGAUGCAAAGAGCCGACAUUGCAGGGUUGAAGUGCUGGAGAAUGAUUCCGAUCAGGAGAAGCAUUUCGUCGGAAGACACCGAGGCCGGCUCAUCGUCUGCGCGGACCAGAGAAGGAUACUGGAUUCACAUACCCAUUGGUGACAUGCGCCUUCACAACUGGUAUGGUUACGAUUGGCAACGAAACGAGCUCUAUGGUCUCGGGACGGAUGGCUUCCUUUUGUCAUGA